GACGAGGUAGUAUUCUCAAAGCGCGGGAAAAGUCACAUGGACAGUAUCUUGGGAGCUGAUCAGACUGCUCAAACUCGGUACAGACUAAAUCUUUGAAGCGAAAUACUUCUUGCCAACAAGAAGAUAUUACAAUUAUGGCGGAAAGCUCAUCAAGUGCUGGGAUUCCAAGUAGUCCUCCGAGAGGCAGUGAUCGUAAUGCCCCAGAAAGCCCAAGAACCGAAGGUCUAGUGACAUCCAGUCCUACAAGAGCAGAUCUUGCACCUUUUGAAGAUGAGACUGACAUCAUUUUAGGCAAUGAUGUGCAAGUAGAAGAUGAGGGUGAAGAUGGUGAAGAGUUGUUUGGAGAUGCUAUGGAAAGAGAUUACCGUGCAAUUCCAGAGCUUGAUGUUUAUGAGGUAGAUCGAGAUGUUGAGGAAGAAGAUUUGGAAGAGUUAAGUCCUGGUGCAAGGGCAGAAGCUGAAAGGGCUAUGAGAAAACGUGACAGAGAUGAAGGAAUGGUGUCUGGAAGAAUGAGAAGAGGCCUUCUUUAUGAUGAUGAUGAAGAUGAUGACUUGGAACCUUCAGCAGCAAGGAAAAAAAGAUUGGCAGAAAGAGCAGCAGAAAGAGAUUAUGGUGAUGACGACGAGAUGAUCGAGAGUAUUGAAAACCUGGAGGAUAUGAAAGGUCAUUCUGUAAGAGAGUGGGUGUCCUUGGCUGCACCAAGACUAGAGAUAAAAAACAGAUUUAAACAGUUUCUUAAGACUUUUGUUGAUGAACAAGGGAAAAGUGUUUACAGGGAGAAAAUACAGCAAAUGUGUCAAGCAAACAAACAGAGCUUGGUUAUUGACUACAAUAUUCUUGCAAAUGAACAUCAAGUCCUUGCUUUCUUCCUGCCUGAGGCACCUGCGGAAAUGCUCAAAAUUUUUGAUGAGGCUGCUAAGGAAGUUGUAUUAUCAAUGUUUUCAAUGUAUGAUCGAAUAGCAAAAGAAAUCCAUGUACGCAUCUCAGAAUUACCACUGAUGGAAGAGCUCAGAUCCCUCAGGCAGCUUCAUCUGAACCAGCUCAUCAGAACAAAUGGUGUCGUUGUAAGCAGUACCGGAAUUCUUCCACAGCUCAGUAUGGUCAAGUAUGAUUGCUCAAAAUGCAACUUCAUUCUCGGGCCUUUCUUCCAAGGACAAAAUAUAGAAGUGAAGCCAGGUUCAUGCCCUGAAUGCCAGUCACGUGGCCCAUUUGAAAUCAACAUGGAGGAGACGGUAUACCAGAAUUAUCAAAAGAUAAAAAUCCAGGAAAGCCCAAGCAAAGUUGCUGCAGGUCGACUUCCCAGAGCUAAAGAUGUCAUCAUGUUGUCAGAUCUGGUUGAUUCGUGUAAACCAGGAGACGAAAUCGAAGUGACAGGUAUAUACAGAAACAAUUACGACGGCUCUUUAAACACAUCAAAUGGUUUUCCAGUUUUUGCCACUGUGAUCGAAUCGAAUUAUAUUACAAAACAAGAUGACAAAAUGGCUGUCUCAAAUUUAACUGACGAAGAUGUACGGGAUAUAAUGAAGCUUUCAAAAGACGAAAAUGUCAGUGAAAGGAUUGUUGCAAGCAUGGCACCGUCUAUAUAUGGUCACGAUGACAUUAAAAGAGCACUUGCUUUGUGCUUAUUUGGAGGCGUUGCAAAGGAUCCAGGCGGAAAACACAAAUUAAGAGGGGACAUUAACGUACUUGCUUGUGGAGACCCUGGAACUGCGAAGUCCCAAUUUCUCAAGUACAUCGAAAAGACUGCGCAGCGACCGGUGUUUACAACGGGACAAGGCGCAAGUGCCGUAGGGUUAACAGCUUACGUUCAAAGACACCCUGUAACGAGAGAAUGGACAUUGGAAGCCGGUGCUUUGGUGCUUGCUGAUCGGGGGGUUUGCUUAAUCGAUGAAUUCGACAAGAUGAAUGACGCAGACAGGACCAGUAUCCACGAAGCCAUGGAACAGCAAAGCAUCUCUAUUUCCAAAGCUGGUAUCGUUACAUCUCUUCAGGCACGUUGUAGCAUCAUUGCAGCUGCUAACCCAAUUGGUGGCAGAUAUGAUCCAUCUCUCACAUUUGCAGAAAAUGUCGACCUUUCAGAACCCAUUCUUUCAAGAUUCGACAUCCUCUGUGUCGUUAGGGACACAAUAGAUUCUGUUCAGGAUGAAAUGCUGGCGAGAUUCGUUGUAAACAGCCAUGUGAAGCACCAUCCGAACCGUGAUGAAGAAGCUACAGAUGAAGAUGAAAUAAUAACCUCUACCUUGCCUUCUUCAGUCGAGCUUAUUCCCCAAGAUCUCCUCAAAAAGUACAUUAUCUAUGCAAGAGACAAGAUUCACCCAAAACUUCAUCACAUGGACCAAGAAAAGGUUGCUAGCAUGUUUGCUGAUCUUCGCAGAGAAUCCAUGAUUACAGGCAGUAUACCAAUUACAGUCAGGCACAUUGAGUCAAUGAUCAGGAUGGCAGAAGCUCAUGCCAAGAUGCAUUUAAGAGAGUAUGUCAGAGAGGAUGACGUCAACAUGGCAAUACGAGUUAUGCUUGAGAGCUUCAUUGAUACCCAGAAGUAUUCGGUCAUGAGGAACAUGAGAAAGUCCUUCUCACAGUAUCUGGCAUUCAGAAGGGACAACAAUGAGUUACUACUCUUCAUCUUGAAACAGCUGGUCCGUGAUCAGAUCAUGUUUUACAGAAGCAGAUACAGAAGCGAACCGGAAAUUAUUGAGAUUCAGGAAGAAGAAUUUUCUGAUCGGGCCCGACAAAUCAACAUACAUAGCCUGUCAACAUUUUACGAAAGCGAGUUGUUUCAAAAUAACAGAUUUGUUUAUGACAAGAAAAGGAAAGCAAUCGUACAAACCAUGUAAAGACAAAGUUGCUCGUGGAGUUUUUACAAGAUCAAAAGGAGACCAAUGAUUUGCCAUAUAAGGAUAUGAAGAUACUGUGUCAUGUGCCUCUGGGAUGUAUAUUAUAAACCUUAGAUGCAAGAUAUCUGACUAAGUAUGUUGGCACCCGAGGCCUGACAACUAUUGUAAAUAACUGGAUGACUUUUGUUGUUUUGUCAUCAGGAUGUAUGGACGGAAUGGAGAAUAAAGCAUUUUGUAUUAUUUGUAGAUCGAAAAGAGAGGCGA